CAAAACUGAUAACCUUAAUAGUUGAUUUUUAUUAAUUAUUAUUUUGAAUUUUUGAUUAUUUUGUUUAUUCUACUCGAUGAAUUAAUAAUUUCAAAUUUCAAAUCAAUCCUAUAAAUGGAAAUCCAAAUUAAGGUUAUCAAUAUUUUGUGCUUGUGUUUAUAACGAAUUUAGAUUGCUAAACAUCAAGUACCAUGGAUUCAUUUGAUAUUUUUAAAAAGUUGUCUGUUGGUGCGAAAUUCAAAAAACCGGAAAAAUGUGUUUCUAAUCUAGAGGUAAUUUGCAAAUUAAUGUACCUAAAAUUUGUAUAUUUGUUACAUUUAAUUUGUUUUUAUUUUUUCAAAGAAUGAUAAAUGUAGUGCCAAACAAAUUAAAAUUAAAGCAGUUGGUGACAAUGUCCCUAAUGCACUUGCCACUUUUGAUAUGAUGAAAAAUAUGUAUUCUUUAAGUCCGUUAUUAAUGGACAACCUCAUGAAGUCUGGUUACACCGUACCAACACCAAUUCAAACUCAAUCUAUACCCAUCAUGUUACAAGUAUUAAUUUUUUAAAUUGUGUUAAUGUGGCACAUAUUCAUUUUUUCAUUUGGUAGAAAAGGCAAAUAUUUGCUUGUGCCCCAACUGGUUCUGGAAAAACAGCUGCAUUCUUGGUACCUAUCAUUCAUCAUUUAAGUAAGCCAAUGAACAAAGGGUUUAGAGCUUUGAUUGUAAGUCCCACGAGAGAGUUAGCAAAACAGACAUUAAGGUAAGUGUAAAAAUAAAAACUGUAUUAUGAUUCGUUUCUGAUUAUUAUUAUUUUGAUUUUAGAGAAUGUACAAGGUUAUGCGAAGGAAUUGGACUACGACCACAUACAUUUACUAAAAUCAAUAAAGAUAAAGAAAAAUUUAAUCCCAAAUUAGCUCAGAAGUUUGGUAAAUAUUUGAAUAUGUAAAUAAAUAAUGUUUUUCUUAAAUGUAUAUUUAUAUAUUUAAAUGUUUUACUGUUUCAAAUUUUAGAUAUAUUAAUAGCAACACCUAAUAGACUAGUAUUUCUACUGGAACAAGAGCCACCAGCUGUAGAAUUAACUAAGUAAUAUUUAUUUCGUACAAAAAUUUAACCUUUUUAUUUUAGAGUUAAGUGAAUAAUGUAUUUAUAACUGUUGACAUUUUUAAUUUAUAGUAUUGAGUGGUUAGUAAUAGACGAAUCAGACAAAUUGUUUGAAACUGGUAUUCGAGGGUUCAGAGACCAAUUGGCAAUCAUUUAUAAGGCGUGUGGCCCAAAUACUAAACGGGCUAUGUUUAGUGCCACAUAUACAGUAGAGGUAGCGAAAUGGUCAAAGAAAAAUCUUGACGGUCUUAUAGCUGUAACAGUUGGUAAUAGGCAAGUAUUAAAAUAAUAAUAUAUUAAGGAAGUUGAUAUUAAAUAAAAAAUUACAAUAUUUAACAGAAUAUUCAAGAACUCUAUUCCAACAUCUAGUUAUGUUAUAUAUUAACUUUUAUUGUUUUAUUUCAAUUAUCAGAAACACUGCAGUCACAACAAUUGAACAAGAUUUAGUGUUUGUUGGAAAUGAAGAGGGAAAAUUAAUUGCAAUGAGAGAUUUAGUGAAAAAAGUUUGCUUUUUUUUUUUAAAAAAUGUAUUAACAUGCAAUUUAUAUUUUAUGAUAUUUAAAUUUUAUAUUUCAGGGAUUGUCUCCUCCUGUUUUAAUAUUUUUACAAUCUAAAGAGCGUGCAAAAGAGCUCUUUAGUGAACUCAUUUAUGAUGGCAUUAAUGUAGAUGUCAUUCAUGCAGACAGAACUCAACAACAGGUAUUAUAUACAAUUUUUUUUUUUUUUUUAGUAUUAUUUUUAUAAGAAAUACACAAUCUUUACCUAAAAAGGUAUAAUUAGUAUAUGUGAUACAGGUUAGUAAUAGCAUAUACAAUUAAAUCAUAAUUAUACAAUGAUUAAUAUAAAACAAUUAAAUUUUAGAGAGAUAAUACGGUGAAAGCUUUCCGGGAAGGAAAAAUAUGGGUAUUAAUUUGUACAGAGCUCAUGGGUCGAGGUAUUGACUUCAAAGGUGUUAAUUUGGUAGUAAAUUAUGACUUUCCAUCUUCAGCCAUCUCCUACAUUCAUCGGAUUGGUAGGACAGGACGAGCGGGACGACCCGGAAAGGCUGUUACAUUUUUCACAAAUGAUGAUAAACCUAUGCUAAGAAGGUAAUUGUUUUAUUUUUAUGUUAUAAAAUGUAUUGAAUAAAAUAAAAUAAAUAUUUUAAUACAGCAUUGCUACGGUUAUGAAGGAUUCAGGAUGUCCAGUACCAAACUAUAUGUUAGAAAUGAAAAAAUUGCAUAAGAAUACUAGAAGAAAAAUGGAAAAACAAUCUAUUGCUAGAGAUGAAAUCCGAGCAAAGCCACAUAGAUAUAAGCGGUUAGUUACUUUUAGUAUUAAACAUAAUUGGUAGUAUUUUAUUUGGUUUAUAAAAAGCCAAUUUUUAGAGUUUACAACAAAUAUUGGUUGGUAUAUUAUUCAAUGUAUUAACAUGUUCUAUAUUCUCAUAUACAUGUAAUAUCUCUUAAUUUGAGUAAAAUUAAAUAAAACUUUGAGAGUAUUUCAUAAAUUAUAUCAUACUAUAUGAGAUGUAACGAAAUAAAGCAAAAUGCUAGGUUAUCAUUGAUUGAUAAACAUUAUAAAUUAUAUAAAAAUUAAUGAAACUUGAUUGUCGAGAUUUUAAUUGAUAGUAUUUGACUAGCAUUUGUGUAAUUCAAUUGCUAUAGAUUCGCCUACAGGUGAUAGCGAAAUAUCCCUAUAUAAUUGGAUUAUCUAUUUAUUGUAUAACCAAUAGUAAACAAAUUAUAAUGCAACAAAAAAUAAUAAUAUUAUGAUUAUUUUUGUAGACCUAAUAUUACUGAUAAAACACACUCAACGACAACACAAUCAAAAAGUGUAUCAAAUGAAGACCAAGAAAAAAGUGCAAAAUUAAAAGUAAAAAAAAAUUUAGUUUCAAUCCAACCCAAAAAAGAUUUGGUGUCAAAUAAUUUAAUUCAGUCGGUGCAGCAAGAAAAAAAAAGAAAACUUAAUGGUGAAAAAGAUUCAAAAAUUAAAAAAAAAAUUAAAAAGAAAUGAGUAUAAUAUUCUUUUUAAAUAUAGCGAGGUUUUUAUAUUUUUCUUUUAUUACCAUAAUUAUUAUUAUUAUCAUCUAUAUUGAUAAACAAUAAUUUUUGGGAAUUCCAAUAUUUGGGUCAUUAAUAAUCACUAUUGUAAGAUAUUAAUUAUUAAUUGAAUCAUUAAAAUGAAUUGUUUCUGUAUGCUUUUUUUUUUAGUUACCCAAUUACUAAUAAAUAUUACUCAUUAAAUUGUUAAGAUGGUCCAUCACUAAUAUUGGUGUGUGGAUCGGUUAUGGGCCCAAAUUUAUUUAUGAGAACACUUAAAUUUUAUAAAAUAAAAUAGUCUAUGAUCAUUAAUAAUUGUAAAAAAAGAUGUUGAUCACUCCUCCCUCCCUUGUGGUUUUUCUUCACCACUAUAUAUUUUUACCUAUAAUUUAAUACUUAAUAAAUUGUUGGCCAUAUGGAUUUGAAAUUCGCCCUCCUGGAACUGAGAUAUAUCUGUCACUGUCCUAGGCCCAUAAUAUAACGGAUUUUACUGGAACUUUCUAUUUAAUGAUUGUUAUUUGAAGAGGAAAAAAAAUUAAUUUUAUAGCACAAAAUAUAUAAAAUUAAUACCAUUAUCAACAAUUUUAUAUUAUUUUAGGAUAAUAAUUAAUAAUUUCUAUUUAUCUUUUUCCUCAAUAGAUUUAAUGAAUGGUACACAAAACAGACAUUAAACUGAAUUAAAUAAAUAACUUUUUCCUUAAUAUGGGUAAGAUUAGGUUAGGUUAUUGUUUUUAUCACUUUAUGAUAUAGACUCUCCGUAGACAUAUUAAUCUUACAUAGGAAUAAGUUGAUACUUCAAAUCAAUGGGUUGAAGUAUUUUUACAUUUUUACAGAAAAUUAAAUUCUUUAUGAGUUAAUGUAAAAUUUAAUACAAUAUAUUUUAUGCCCACCUGUGUCAAUUACAUCAACAGAGACGGUAUUUAGCUAAAUUAAUAAAAUAAGGUCAAAAGAAAAAUCUCUGUUGAAAAUAAAAACUCUAAAAGCUAUUUUGGUUGUCAAGAUAAAUUAAGACAUGAAAUCUUCAGAAUUAUAGUUUUUUUUAUUAAAAAAAAAUCUUUGUUGCUCAAAUCUACUAUAUCAAAUGAU